AUGUUAGAGCUGGAAGAAGAGCUCGCCUCUAGCAUCAGGCAAUGCGGCAGCCACAAAGAUUUAACCAAUGCCCAGAGGCUUCAUUCUCUAGUCCGUAGCCAUACGCUCAUACGCCACAAUGUCUACCUCGCCAAUCUUCUCGUUCAAAUGUACGGUAAGUGUGGCCACCCACACGACGCCCGUCGCGUGUUCGAUUCCAUGCCCCGACCAAAUAUUUACUCGUGGACGAUUAUGCUCGAGGCAUAUACCGAGAAUGGGAAUCUCGACGAGGCUAAGUGGCUGUUCGAUUCCAUGCCCGCCCGGAAUGCGGUGACGUGGAACACGAUCAUCACUGCGUUUGGACAGGCUGGCCACGUGGACUCCGGGAAGGAGCUGUUUGACAGGAUGCCCCAACCGGAUAUGGUGACGUGGAAUGCCAUGUUGGCGGCAUAUACCCAGAAUGGGCAUCUGGAGCUCGCCAAGGGAUUGUACGACACCAUGCCUGAGCACAAUGUGGUCACAAGUACGGCUAUGCUGCAGGCGUUUGCGCAGGGUGGCCACCUGGAUCGAGCCCUGGACGUGUUCGAGAAUAUGCCCCAGAAGAAUAUGGUAUCUUGGACGGCCAUGCUUGUGGCAUAUACUGAAGCUGGGCAUUUUGAUUUAGCAAAGAGAAUCUUCGAUAGGAUGCCCGAGUGGAACAUAGUCUCGUGGAACGCAAUGCUCCAGGCACAUUCGCGAGGCGGGAAUAUCCAAGAGGCCGAAAAGAUAUUCCAUGCGAUGCCUGACCAUGACGUCAUCUCGUGGACGACUCUUCUUGUCGCACUUGCCGAGGCCGGGCAAACAGACAAAGCCAAGAAGGUAUUUGAGAAUAUGCCCGAGCGUACAAUGGUAACGUGGAACUCGUUUCUACAGAUAUUUGUAGAGAAGGGACACGUGGAAGAAGCCAAGAGGGUGUUUGAGAGGAUGCCAAAGUGGGACGUAGUAUCAUGUACCACGAUGCUCCACGCUUAUGCCCAGAGUGGGCAUCUGGAAGAUGCUAAAUUAAUAUUCGAUCGGAUGCACGUAAAGACUGACGUGUCAUGGGCGGGAAUGAUAUCCGUAUAUUCCGAACGCGGGGAUCUCGAUGCCGCAAACCACGUCUUUGGGGAUAUCCCCCGCCAGCAUCUGCUGACGUGGAAUGCCAUGCUUUCAGCAUAUGCCGAGCACGGGCAUCUUGACGGUGCGAAGGGAAUCUUCGACAGGAUGCCCGAGUGGGACGUGGUGACGUGGACGACGCUGAUGGCGGCAUAUUCCCAGAGCGGGGACUGGGAAGGGGCCGAUUCCAUCUUCGAGAGGAUGCCCGAGAAAGAUUCCGUGGCAUGGACGGCCGUGAUUUCCAUGCACGCUCACACUGGACGCCGCAAAGUGGCCAUUGGGAAUAUGCUCGAGCUCCAAAUGGAGGGCCUUGAGAGCGACGAGGGAGCGUUCUUGAGCGUCUUGAUGGCUUGCAACCACGUUGGUCUUUUGGAAACCGGGAUAAAUUUCUUCCGGUCGAUGAUCACGGACCAUGGCUUGGAUCCAAAGUUUGAGCACUACUGUUGCAUGGUUGAUAUCCUCGGACGCUCGAGCCAGCUUAAGAAUGCCGAGGAUCUGAUCGAUACCAUGCCUUACCACCCGGAUGGAUUGGUCUGGGGAGCGCUGCUAAACGCUUGUCGACUCCACCACGACGUCGAGAGAGCCCAGAGAGCGUCGCAGGAGCUUAUGGAUGCCGACCCCGAGAAUGGUGCCUCGCAAAUUCUUCUGGCCGAAGUUUACGCGUCCUCGAGAUCAAAGCGGUGGCCUCGCACUACGCCCAAGAGAUGA